AUGGCAGAUCAAAGAAAUAGAACACCUGAAGAUCUAAUAUAUUACUUCUAAUAAAAUUACUUACAUUAAAUGCGUAGGAAAACUCACUAAACAAUACUUUAAGUUGAAAUUCAUUAAAACAAAAUAAAUAAAUCAAAUUCUACUCACAUUCAAUAACCCAUCUCUUCAGCAUAAAAUUUAUUUGAUGCAUAUAUCAAGGAAAGAUAAUAAAAACGUGAAGUCAAUUAAUCACUUAUUAAACCUUAUAGCAAAUCAUCCAAAUAAUUGAAUUAGAUUUUUAUUAACAACCGAUAGGUUAUAAAAAGAAAUCGUAUUACAUCAAUAUAACAAUAACCAGAUAAGAGUCUCGAAUAGUUAAUUUCAAGAAAAAAGAGUGUACAUUUUACAAUUUCAGAUUCAAAUUAAAAUUAAAAAAGAACAAUAGGUAGAAUUUUUAUGUAAAUAGAGAGAAGUGUGAUUGGCUGAUAAGACCUGGUAAAGUACAUGUAGAUCGUAAAUAAAUCAAAUAAAUUAGACAUGAAACAAUAUUUAGAGAAACUUUUAAUCGUUUAAAUGGCUGGUAGAUAGAUAAUGAUCAUGACACAGAAUUUUGA